GGAAGCGCGGGGCUCGCGGGGAGGGAGGCCGGCGGUCGCCAUGGCCACAGCAACAGACCAGGUGGUUGGGUUCGGCUUGGUCACCUUCAGCGCCCUCCUCUUCGUUUACUACACGCUCUGGAUCAUCGUACUGCCCUUCAUCGACAGCGACCACAGCAUCCACCAGUACUUCUUGCCCAGGGAGUACGCGGUUCUCAUCCCCGUGGUGGCCGGGCUGCUGCUGCUGCUCUUUAUAGGUGUUUUUAUAACGGUUGUGAUGUGGAAAAACAGGAAGCCUGUCAAGAAAUUGGACUGAAGGGGGGUGAGAAGGCGCCAGAGCCAAGAAAAGACUUUGCCUGCAGCCCCGAGCAGGCAGCGCUCAGCACCAAACCCUCCUUCCUGCAGAGACAAACCCGUUUACACCGUGCUGACCAAGGGAACCAAACCUGACAUUCAGGGCUCAUUGAGAGAGGGACCAGAGAGCCCUGCUGUGAGGGACCUGCUCCAAACUGGGGCUGUGCUCUGGGCUGCAGUGGCUGGGGACCAACCUCCACCCUCUGCUCAGCCUCUGGGUGAUCCUUGCCUGCUGCUCUUGUUGUGUCCAGUGUGUUCCUCCUGUGUCCUUAUUAAAUGUUCACGUAUGAUU